AUGGCAAAUCAUAGCCUGUUUUCUCUGGCUCUUCUGAUUUACUUCAUUUGCGCAGCAGAGUAUGUACGGAGUUCUAACGUCAAUAUUGAAUUGACCAAUGGCUUACCAGCAAAGCAUGCAGCGGUGCCAUUGCACAUUCUCAUCAAGUCACAAACUAAAGCUGUUGAUGAGCGCGUAGUGAAGCUGGGCGAAAGCUUCAAAUGGAGUGUAACCCCAGAUUCUAUAUAUUACGUCCGCGCAAUUCUUGGCCAUAAGUUUGCAUCUGUCCAUGGGUUUGACCCAAGUAGAGACGCAGGUCAUGCGACUGUCUUUUGGCUGGUGAAAGAGGAUGGGUUUUAUCUUAGCUAUGACAAUGCUUCUUGGAACAAAGUGGCGCCAUGGGUAUCUGAAUGA